AUGUCCGACAUUGAGGAGGACCACGACAUGCAGCCUGCGGGCUCCGACCCGGUUCAGGCCGAAGAAGAAGAUGAGGAUAUGGAGGAGGUCGGGGCGCCCGCCACCAAACAAGCUCGGCCGGUACAAGGGGAGGAAGAUGAUGAUGAGGAAGAGGACGACGACGACGAUGAUGAUGAUGAGGACGAUGACGAGGAGGAAGAGGAUGAAGAGGACGAGGGCCGGUCAAGAGGGAAGAAACGCCAAAAGCGCACCCACAAGCGCAGGAACGCCGUGAACCGCUUCGUCGAUGUGGAGGCUGUGGUGGACGAUGACGAGGAGGACUACGACGACGAAGACGAGGCGGAACUUGCGCGCGAUGGAUUCAUUGCCGAGGGUGGCGCCGAGGGAGAAGAAGACGAUAUUGCGCAAAGGUCACUGCAUCAUGCUCGGCUCGAUAGGCGAGACCGUGAGCUGGACGACAAGGACCUGGAACGCAUCGCGGCGGACAUCAGCCAACGCAGUAGGCGGACGGCGGCGCACUACACCGGCGGCGACAUGAACGACGUUCCACAGCGUCUGCUCAUGCCCGACGUGAGCGACCCCAAUCUAUGGCAAGUCCGCGUAAAGCCUGGCCGCGAACGCGACAUCAUAUUCAGUCUCAUGCGCAAGGCCCUCGACCGUGACGGACAGCUCAACGAGCUUCAGAUUCUGUCCGCCUUCCAGCGUGACUCGCUGCCUGGCAUAAUUUACGUCGAAGCGCGGAGCCAGAAGAACGUGAAGGAGGCCAUCGACGGCCUCGUCGGCGUCUACCCCUCCCGCGGCAUCAUCCUCGUCCCCAUCGACGAAAUGAGCAGUCUGCUACAGAUCAAGAAGCAGGAGAUCACCGUCACGCCCGGGAGCUGGGUCCGCAUCCGGCGCGGGAAGUACCAGGGCGACCUGGCGCAGGUCAUGGACAUGACGGAGAACGGCGAGGAGGUCGGGCUGAAGUUUAUCCCGCGCAUCGACCUCAACCCGAAGGACGACGUGCUGGAGGGCAAGAAGCGCAAGAAGGGGAUGCCCGCUGCGACGGGUGUGCGCCCGCCGCAGCGCUUCUUCAACUACGAGGAGGUCAUCAAGGCCUAUGGACGCAAGAUGGUCGCCAAGCGUAACCAGGUCUACGUCUUCCAGAACGACACGUACAAGGACGGCUUUAUCGAGAAGGACUACAAGCUGUCCGGUGUUGUGCUCGAGGAUGUCAACCCCACGCUCGACGAGAUCACCCGUUUCGCCCGGGGCGCGGACGGUGGCGAGGGCGAGCACGCCGUGGACCUCUCCAUCAUCGCCGAGGCGAGCCGGAAGGCGGCCAUCUCCGUCUUGCAGCCCGGUGAUAAGGUCGAGGUGUUCGAGGGCGAGGUGGCCGGCGUCAAGGGUAUCGUCGAGGCCAUCUCGCAGGACAUCGUCACGAUCCGCCCGAAGGACCUCGAGGUCGGCGACGAGCAGUCUAUCGAGGUCCCCGCGCGCAGCGUGCGCAAGGCGUUCGAGCCUGGAGACCACGUCAAGGUUAUGUCGGGCAAGAACGCGGACGAGAGCGGUCUCGUCGUUUCGGUGUCGGACAACGUCGUCACGUUCAUCUCGGACUUGUCGAUGCAGGAGGUGUCUGUGUUCGCGAAGGAUCUUCGCGAGGCUUCCGAGGUCGGCGCUAGCACCAACACUGUCGGCAACUACGAGCUCCACGACCUCGUCCAGCUCGACCAGCAGACGGUCGGUGUCAUCUACAAGACCGAGCGCGAUUCCUUCCGCGUGCUCGAUCAGAACGGCCAAGUGCGCCACGUCCAGCCCCACCAAAUCACCAUGCGCCGCGACUCGAACCGCGCGAUUGCGACGGACUCGGAAGGCCACGAACUGCGCGUGAACGACAACGUCAAAGAGGUCGACGGCGAAGGCCGCAAAGGACGCGUCCUGCACAUCCACCAAUCCUUCUUCGCCUUCCUGCACAACCGCGACAUCACCGAGAACGGCGGCGUCUUCGUCACGCGCGCGCGCUCGCUCGCCUCGUUGGCGCCCAAAGGCAACGCCCUGAAGCCCGGCACCGACCUCUCGAAGAUGAACCCCGCCAUGAGCGGCGGCGGGAUGGUCGGGUCGGGCAACAUCGGGCGCGGGCCGCGGGACAGGCUUAUUGGUGUUGCGGUCACGGUCAUCAAGGGCCCGCAUAAGGGCUAUAUCGGGAUUAUCAAGGAUACGAAUGGGCCUAUUGCGCGCGUGGAGCUUAAUACGGGCAAUAAAGUGGUCACUAUUGAUAAGGAGAAGCUGAAGCGGCGCAAUCCGAACGGCUCGCUCGAGCCUCUCGAAGGGCCCAUGGGCAACAUGGGUCCUCCCCGCGGCGCACCCGGCGGCGGAUUCGGCGGAGGCGGCGGCGGCGGGUUCGGCGGCGGCCGCACGCCCAACCCCUACGCGCAGUCCGGCGCGCGCACACCCGGCUGGGGCGGGGGCAAGACGCCCAACCCGUACGCCGACAACGGCGGCAAGACGCCCGGCUGGGGCGGCGGACGCACGCCGAACCCGUAUGCUGACGCGAAUGCGGGCGGCAAGACGCCGGCGUGGGCGACGAGCUCUAAGACGCCUAAUCCGUACGCUUCGGGAGAUGGCGGCGCGUGGGGCGCGAGCUCGCGGACGCCCAAUCCGUAUGCGGGCGGGGGAGGGAGCGGAGGGUGGGGCGGGGCGACGCCUGGACAUAAUGUUGGUG